AUGAAUUUCAGGUAAGGAUAUACGUACUUAUAUCUAGUGCUUAAUUUUGGACUCAAUUUGGUAUGCUUAUGAAGGAGAAUGGAUUCGAUCGUCAUUUUGAAAACCCAGACCUUUAGUUGACGACUUUGUUAGAUGAUGAUUUAAUAAUAGGUGAAUUCAGAAAUCAAAAUUAGAAACUAAUGGAUUAGUAAGAUAUUGAAUUAUAUGUAGUAUGCAAAAGAAAUAAGUGGCUGAAUUAGUCAGUUAUUUAACAGAGAUGCCAGUGGAUGAUUCAAAUUCAAAAAGAGCAUUUAGAUAUCCAUUUUAUUCAUGUGAAUUAUUAGUGUGUUGUGAGAAUCCUAAAAUUUUAGAGUAAUUUUUUGGAGAAGAUAAGUAUCAAAAUUCAAAUAUUUAAAUAGAUCCCUAUUGCAUACAUUAUUUUAAUUUUUUAUUUCAGAUGAAGAUGUUAAUCCAGUAUUGGCAGGAUAUGUUUGCAAUGUUUUAUUUAACUUAUUGAAAAUGCGUACUGAUAUCUUUCUAGCUGAAUUUUAUUAAUAUCAAAAUUUAGUUGAUGGAUUAAUAAAGCAGUUAUAAUCUCGUUCAGUUUCAGAACUUGUAAUUCGUUUAUUAACAAUUGAACAAGAAACUUAAAUUGAUUAUACACCAUAAAGAAUUCAUUUAAUCAAAGGAGUGGUUGGGAGAAUUGAAGAUACCACAAAUUUCGAAGUAAAAAUGAUUAUAAUAUAUUUUAUAGGUUUCAACAAAUGUAUCUCAUAUUAUUCAAGAGAUCACUUAAAAAGCUUAUGUAAUUUUCAAAGCAUAACCUCUCUUUGAUUUCUUGUAUGGAGAAUCAAUAGAUAAAUUUUGUUAAUCUAUUGUUCAUGAAAAUAACUCUGUGUCUCUUGCUUCAGGCACAGCAUUGUAUAAUCUACUCACAUUACUUUACAAAAUAACAACAAGGUAAGGAGACCCAGCUGAAAGUGCAAUGUUGAAUGUGAAUUAAUAGGAAUUAUUCAAUAAAAUAGAAUCUCAUUUAAAUAAAUGGUUAGAUUUCUUAUAAAAAUCAACUACUCCAAUAUUUGGAUAACAUAAGAUUAAAAUUCUUGAAAUAAUUGGAGUAUGCAUAAGUUUGAAUCAAGAAUCUUUUGUUACAAAGUUACAUGAAUAAGAUAUUUUCAAAGUUUAUAAUUCAUUAUUUGUUAAACAUGAAAAGCAUGAUAUAUUACAUCUAUAAUAUUAUAGAUUUAUUGUUCAUAUUAUUGAAUAAAAAUUGGAUAGUUUGGUUUAGAAUGUAAAAUAUAAUUAUAAUAUUUUAGUUAUUCAAUUAAAAUGAAUUUAUACAAUUUUUAUUGAAAUGUACUUCAGAAGUUAUCAAUAAUAAGAAAUAAAGAAAGGAGUAUUUAGGUUUUGUAACUAAAUUGGCUCAUUUCUUAGUAGAAUUUACUUCAAAAUAUCCAUUGUUGUAAUCAGAAUUAGAGAAUGAAUCCUGGAAGAAAUUUAGAGAAUAAUAUUUUGAUAAAGCUGAAAAACUUAAUAAUCAUGAAUUAGGUGGUCAUACAAGAGCUGAUUAUAAAGAAGAUGUUGACUUUAAUAAGGAAGACAUCUAAAUAAAAUAUGAAGAUUUUUUGAAAUCCAAUCAUGAUUAGAAGAUAUAAAAUGAAGCAAAUACUCAAAAUAUAUAAAAUAUAUUUGAUGCUUUCAAUAUAGGUAAUAAUGAACAAUCUAAUCCUGUUGAUGGACAAUAAUAAGAAUGGUCUAAUUUUUAAUGGAGUUAAGAAUAAAAUUAAUCAGAAGGAGUAUAAUAAUAAUAAGAGAAUUUCUAAUAAUUUGGAGAAAUAUCAAAUUAGGAUCAAGGGAAAGAGUAAGGAAUGUAAUUUGAAUAGUAACAUAAUCCUUAAUAAAAACAUGAUUAUGCAUAAGAAGAGAGAGAAGAUGAAUACAAUCGUUUUUGGCAAUUUUAAAUUCAUGAAUAAGAUGUAAAUUAUUAUACUUAAAUAUUUUUAGUCUAAAUUACAUGAUGAUGCUUUAUAUGAGUUUGAAAAAAAUUAUUGA